AUGCUGCUGCUCCGCACAGCUGCUCUUUGCACCUGGCAAGGGAAUGGAAGAGGAUGCAUUGCUCUUAGUGACUCUCUCACUAAGAGCAAUGAGAAACCAGUAACUGAUGCCACAGUUACCGAGUGUCCAACCAUUCCUCUGGAGUGGUGUUCAGAGUACGAGGAAGAGAUCGACCGUCAGCGCAGACUGCUGGAUAUCACCUGGAAACCCCAAAUCAAGCUGCACAGGACAGGAAGUCAAUGUAAAACUGAAACAGGUAAAAAGUCUUUAAAAUGUGAUGUUUGUGGAAAAAGCUUUAAGAAAAGGUCCCAAAUAAAAGAGCAUUACAGAAUCCACACUGGUGAGAAGCCGCAUUCAUGUAAAAUAUGUCAGAGAAGUUUUGCUCAUAGGAGCAAUUUGUUGCGCCACAUGAGAAUCCACACAGGUGAGAAGCCGUAUCCUUGUCAAACCCGUGGGAAAAAGUUUACAUGUAGUACGCAUUUGUCAGUGCACUUAAGAAUGCACACAGGUGAGAAACCCUUUCAUUGUAAAAGAUGUGGGAAAAUGUUCACACGAAGCAGUAAUUUGCUGGAGCACAUGAGAACACACACAGGUGAGAAGCCGUAUCCUUGUAACACAUGCGGGAAAAAGUUCACAUGUAGUAGUCAUUUGUUAGUUCACAUAAGAACUCACACAGGAGAGAAACCAUAUCUUUGUAAAAUCUGUGGGAAAAUGUUCACACGUAUUAGUGUUUUGUUGCGCCACAUGAAAAACUCACACAGAUGA